CUGCCUCCGUCCGCGCGAUGCUCCGAUGGACUGAACCGGGAAACCGUUCCGUUCCGCCUCUGUCGACCAUGGAACCGAUUUGUCUCUUCUCUCAGUGACACACAGGCCUUGGCUCAGAGGCUUCAAGAUGAUGUGCGAGGUGAUGCCCACCAUCUCAGAGGACGGGCGCGGCGGCGGAGGCGGCUCGUCCUCUCCGGCGGGGGGCGGAGGUGGAAUAGGCGGUGGAAUGGGAGGCAUCGGAGGCUACGGAGGCCGGGAGCCCCGCGGCAGCAUUAGCGAUGAAGGGGGCAGCACGGGAAACCUGGAGUCGCUGAUGGUGAACAUGCUAACUGAGCGGGAGAGGCUGCUGGAGAGUCUGAGGGAGACCCAGGAGAGUUUGGGGACAGCCCACCUACGCCUUCGAGAGCUGGGUCAUGAGAAGGAGUCGCUUCAGAGGCAGCUGUCCAUCGCCCUGCCACAGGAGUUUGCAGUGCUGACCAAAGAGCUGAACCUGUGCCGGGAGCAGCUGUUGGAGAGAGAGGAGGAGAUUUCGGAGCUGAAGGCCGAGAGGAACAACACACGACUGCUGCUGGAACAUCUGGAGUGCUUGGUGUCCCGUCACGAGCGCAGCCUGAGGAUGACCGUGGUGAAGAGGCAGGCCCAGUCUCCCGCCGGCGUCUCCAGCGAGGUGGAGGUCCUCAAAGCCCUCAAGUCGCUGUUCGAGCAUCACAAAGCGCUGGAUGAGAAGGUGCGGGAAAGGCUACGGGUCGCUUUGGAAAGGGUGGCAGUCCUGGAAGAAGAGCUGCAGUCGUCCUCUCAAGAGGUUUUGUCUUUAAGGGAACAAAUCAAGCGAAGGCAGCAGGGCCUGGACAACGGCAAAGAGCGGCUUCCAAACGGGCCUUCCUCCAUCUUGGAUGAGAGCGACAUUGACAGACAGAGAGAGGGUGAGAUUGAGAGACAGAGGUCAGAGCUGGGCCAGCUGAAGGAGAGACUGGCCCUCAUGUGCAGACAGGUUGGAGAGAUUGAGGAGCAGCUGACAUCUGCCAGGAGGGAGCUGGCUCGAUCGGAGGAGACCAACCAGAAGCUCCAGAGAGACGUGAAAGAGGCGCUCUGUCAAAGAGAGGACAUGGAAGAAAGAAUCACCACAUUAGAGCGCAGAUACUUGAGUGCCCAGAGGGAGGCGACAUCUCUGCAUGACAUCAAAGAUAAACUGGAGAACGAUCUCGCCAGCAAAGAAUCUCUCUUCAGACAGAGCGAGGAGAAGAACCGGCAGCUGCAGGAGCGUCUGGACGACGCCAAGCAGAAGCUGCAGCAAACCCUGCAGAGGGCCGAGACGCUGCCCGAGAUCGAGGCCCAACUCGCCCAGAGAGUGGCAGCGCUCAACAAGGCAGAGGAGCGUCAUGGCAACUUUGAGGAGCGACUGCGACAGAUGGAAGCGCAACUGGAGGAGAAGAAUCAGGAGCUGCAGAGAGCAAGGCAGAGAGAGCGGAUGAACGAUGAGCACAACAAGCGUCUCUCAGACACUGUGGACAAGCUGCUGUCCGAGUCCAACGAGAGGCUGCAGCUCCACCUGAAGGAGAGGAUGGCCGCCCUGGAGGAAAAGAACACUCUGUCUGAGGAACUGUCCAACAUGAAGAAACUGCAGGAUGAUCUGCUGGCAAACAAGGACCAGCUGAUAGCGGAAUUGGAAAGGCUUCAGUUGGAACUGGACCAACUGCGAGCCCGGCCAGGUGGCUCUUAUUCCAGUCGCUCGCUGCCAGGUAGCGCUCUGGAGCUGAGGUAUUCCCAUGGAGGCGGGUCCCUCCCAGCAGGCUCCACCGCCCACCUGGAUCCCUUUGGCAACGCCUCCUCCGGGGGCGUGGUCAGGCGAAGUCACCGAGCCCGCUGGAGCUCCGCCCGAGAGGACUCGACCAAGUACCCAGACUGGGAGAGCGGGGCUCUGCUGGGGACCGGGUUCGAGCCGGGCGUGGAGGUUGGCUGCUCCGAUGACGAGGACGACAGGGAGACUCUGUUCGGCUCAGAGCUGCUCUCCCCCAGCGGUCAGACGGACGUGCAGACGCUAGCCAUCAUGCUGCAGGAACAGCUGGAGGCCAUUAAUAAGGAGAUCAAACUCAUCCAAGAAGAGAAGGAGAACACGGAGCUGCGGGCAGAGGAAAUCGAGAGCCGGGUCAGCGUGGCUUUGGACAGUCCGCCCAUCCCUCCAUCCUCGCUGGGGAGAGACAGCACAGGACGUGGUUUCAUUCCCUCGUCCAUCACAUCCUCCACCCUGGCGUCUCCCUCGCCGCCCAGUUCUGGUCAUUCCACCCCUCGGCUGCCCCACUCUCCAGCCCGCGAAAGUGACCGACAGAACAGCAAAGAGGACGAUCGAUCUCUUGCUCUGCUCGAUUCUACGCCUCCUCCUACUCCUCGUGCUCUGCGAUUGGAUCGGAUGACCCUCACCCAUCCAGGAGCAAUGCUUGAUGACCCCCGGGAGUUUCGCAGUCUCUCAGCAGAUGGCAGCAGCUCCAACAGCAGCCAAGAUUCUCUGCACAAGUCCAGUAAGAAGAAAAGUAUCAAGUCUUCCAUCGGGCGGCUUUUUGGGAAGAAGGAGAAAGGAAGAAUGGGCCAACCUGGGCGUGAUGGAUCUGGUUCUCUUGCAUCUACACCUUCUGAGGACCUGGCCUCUGGAGACCCCAUGGGUAUGAACAAGACUGGGACUCUGGGUCCAGCUGAUAAAGACCGCCGCAGCAAGAAGAAGCAUGAGCUGUUGGAAGAAGCAUGUCGCCAAGGACUUCCCUUUGCAUCAUGGGAUGGGCCCACAGUUGUCUCUUGGUUGGAGUUGUGGGUGGGAAUGCCAGCUUGGUACGUGGCCGCCUGUCGUGCUAAUGUGAAGAGCGGCGCCAUCAUGGCCAACCUGUCAGACACUGAGAUCCAGAGGGAGAUCGGUAUCAGUAACCCGCUGCACCGCCUCAAACUCCGGCUGGCCAUCCAGGAGAUGGUGUCCCUCACGAGUCCCUCUGCACCGGCCAGCACUCGCUCGUCGACCAGUAACGUGUGGAUGACUCACGCGGAGAUGGAGUCUCUGAACGCCGCCACCAAACCUCCGACCCUCAUGUUGAGCAUCUUCUUCUCUCCCUCUGGUGGCUUUUUCAGUGUGAACUGCUUCCGACUAAUUGCCCGUUCACUAACACUGUUCCUCCCUUUGUCCUUUCUUCCUGCUGCUGCUCCCCGCACCUCCUCUACGUCUCCUCCACCAAUCCAACCUGCGCCUCCUUCCCGUCUCAUUCCUCACCUCCUUUCCUUCUCCACCUCCAAUCUCCGGCUCUCUGUUCGGCUGCUUCUUCUCUCUGUCUGCCUCUCGACUCUCAAGGAGCUGAAGGAGUUCAGUUGGGAUCAGAUUCUGGCCUAUGGCGACAUGAAUCACGAGUGGGUGGGCAACGACUGGCUGCCCAGCCUCGGCCUGCCACAGUACCGCAGCUACUUCAUGGAGUCCUUGGUGGAUGCCCGCAUGCUGGACCACCUGACCAAGAAGGAGUUGAGAGGACAGCUCAAAAUGGUGGACAGUUUCCACAGGGUCAGUUUGCAUUAUGGCAUAAUGUGCCUGAAGCGGCUGAAUUAUGAUCGCAAGGAGCUGGAAAGAAGGAGAGAGGACAGCGCCCACCAGAACAAAGAUGUGAUGGUGUGGUCCAACGAGCGCGUGAUGUGCUGGGUGCAGACCGUCGGCCUGAAGGAGUACGCCGACAACCUGCGAGAGAGCGGCGUCCACGGCGCCCUGCUGGCCCUAGACGACACCUUUGACUACACCGACCUGGCUCUGCUGCUGCAGAUCCCCAACCAGAACACGCAGGCCAGACAGCUCCUGGAGCAAGAGUACAACUCCCUAAUCUCCAUGGGAACCGAGAGGCGUCCUGAUGAGGAUGGAACCAAGACAUUCACCCGCUCGCCCUCCUGGAGGAAGAUGUUUCGGGAGAAAGAUCUGCGGGGCGUGACCUCUGACUCUGCCGAGACCCUGCCUGCUAACUUCCGUGCCUCAGCCAUCUCCACGCCGUCCGUGACCCUGAGAAAGGUUCAGAGCGACGCCAGCAGCGGUGCCAGGGGUGAACCUGCCUCCGUGAGGACCUACUCCUGCUGAAGGGCUGAGGUGAGACCCGUCCCUCCCCAAUAAUACCCUUUAACAGUGGGUGUUCCUUUAUAAUCCAUGUGGCAAGAUACAACGGAUGCGUCCGGCUUCGGCG